CUGCACUUGAACGCAGCACCAGCUCUGCCACUACCAGGAGCGGAGAAACAAGGAGAUGGCCGACUAGAAGGCAGCGUUAUCUUUGCUACUUCGCCUGCGAGAUUCCUUUUACGUUACACAGUUUCACAGCAGAAGCAGAGGGAGUACUGUACAGUUAUUUCGCUCCUCUUCAACCAUGGCAGAACAGAACAGCAGCGUCAGAUAUCAGGAGCUGGUGAAUGAGGAAGAGCCCGCCCAGCCUUCCCAGGAGGGUCCUGCCCAGGACGCCCCACCACCAUACAGCAGCAUUGCUGCAGCAAAUGCAGCUUUCUUUGAAUACAAGGAAGAUGGAGGAAGAUUUCCCAACCCUCCAUCCUACAGCGUUGCCACCACUUUGCCCUCCUAUGAUGAAGCUGAGAGAAGCAAAGCAGAGGCGGCCAUCCCGCUGGUCGCUGGAAGAGUCACGGAGGAAGACUUUGUGGCCAGAGAUGACUUUGAUGAUGCCGACCAGCUGCGAAUAGGAAACGACGGCAUCUUCAUGCUCACUUUCUUCAUGGCAUUCCUCUUCAACUGGAUUGGCUUCUUCUUGUCGUUCUGUUUGACCACAUCAGCCGCCGGCAGAUACGGGGCCAUCUCAGGCUUUGGCCUGUCGCUCAUCAAAUGGGUUCUUAUUGUCAGGUUUUCGACCUACUUCCCCGGUUACUUUGAUGGGCAGUACUGGUUGUGGUGGGUGUUCUUGGCACUUGGCUUUAUGCUGUUUAUCAGAGGCUUCGUGAACUACUCCAGAGUGCGUAAACUGGCUGAUCCCACUUACGCCACCCUUCCUCGAACAAGGGUACUCUUCAUCUAUUAAAGGACGUGGAAGAACUGGAUGUGAAGAAGAAGAGGAGUUUAAAGUAAAAGAAGACACUUAACCAGAAAUCAGCCAGAUGAGUUCCAGAUGAAGACGACUCGAGUCAAUAAAAAAAUAAUAAUAAUCAGGAAUUAUAUCACUCGUUUUCUUUUGUUUCAAAACUUUAUUAAAGACAAAUGGUUAACAGUAAUAGUCCCUCAAUGUACUCAUUAGUGGCGAAUGUUAAGUGCUAUUUACAUCUGUCUGUAAUGUAUAAGUAAUGCCUUAUAUCAUUUGAUGGUAGCAUACGAGCAUGCAUCUGCCCUUAAGGUCAAUUAAAUAGGGAGAGUCUCGUGUUGGCGACACUUGAAGCCAACAGGUAUUAAUUAGCACAACACUCUGUAAGCUUGCCAUAGCAUGCAACACACUUUAUAAUAAUCUGCUCUUCGAGGUUUAAGCUCUUUUUAGAUUUCUUUAGGCUGUGAAUGCAGAAGUACACAUGAACACAUCCUCCACUCACCUGUUGGCUUUAAGCAGUAUUGCCAGGAGGGGACAGUGUUGUCUGCAGCUUUUAGAAACUGUCAUAGUAGAUGCGAUUCACACACAGCAAAGCGGCAUCCAUGAUUUUUGCCUGUUACAAUGUUUUUGUUGUACAUUAAGUCAGGUAAAACUCUCCAACCAGGGAAGAGAAUUCAAGUUGCAUGUACAGGUUGAUCCUAGAAGAUGGAAAAGGAACUCGAUGGCUUCAAAUGUCAAGUGACAAAA